AUGUGUAAGUGGCUGCAGUUGGCCACUGCUAACAGAGAGUAUGAAGCCCGCUUGGAGAGGUACAGUGAACGCAUUUGGACAUGUAAGAGUACCGGAAGUAGUCAGCUAACACACAAGGAGGCCUGGGAGGAGGAACAGGAAGUUGCUGAACUUUUGAAGGAAGAGUUUCCUGCCUGGUAUGAGAAACUUGUUCUGGAAAUGGUUCACCAUAACACAGCCUCCUUAGAGAAGUUAGUAGAUACUGCUUGGUUGGAGAUCAUGACCAAAUACGCUGUGGGAGAAGAGUGUGACUUUGAGGUUGGGAAGGAAAAAAUGCUCAAGGUGAGGAUUGUGAAGAUUCAUCCUUUGGAGAAAGUGGAUGAAGAAGCCACUGAAAAGAAACCUGAUGGUGCCUGUGAUUCUCCCUCAAGUGACAAAGAGAAUUCUAGCCAAAUUGCUCAGGAGCACCAGAAGAAGGAGGCAAUUGUAAAAGAGGAUGAAGGAAGGAGAGAGAAUAUUAAUGACAGAGCACGUAGAUCUCCACGAAAACUCCCUACUUCAUUAAAAAAAGGAGAAAGGAAAUGGGCUCCUCCAAAAUUUCUGCCUCACAAAUAUGAUGUGAAACUACAAAAUGAAGAUAAGAUCAUCAGUAAUGUGCCAGCAGACAGCUUGAUUCGUACAGAACGCCCACCAAAUAAGGAGAUACUUCGAUACUUUAUACGGCAUAAUGCCUUACGGGCUGGCACUGGUGAAAAUGCACCUUGGGUGGUAGAAGAUGAAUUGGUGAAGAAAUAUUCCCUACCUAGCAAGUUCAGUGACUUUUUACUUGAUCCAUACAAGUAUAUGACUCUCAACCCUUCUACUAAGAGGAAGAAUACUGGAUCCCCAGACAGGAAGCCCUCAAAGAAAUCCAAGACAGAUAACUCUUCUUUGAGUUCACCACUAAAUCCCAAGUUAUGGUGUCAUGUACACUUGAAGAAAUCCUUGAAUGGCUCACCACUCAAGGUGAAGAACUCAAAGAAUUCCAAAUCUCCAGAAGAGCAUCUGGAAGAAGUGAUGAAGAUGAUGUCAACCAACAAAUUACAUGCUAACUUUCACAUUCCUAAGAAAGGCCCACCUGCCAAGAAACCAGGGAAGCACAAUGACAAACCUUUGAAAGCAAAGGGCAGAAGCAAAGGCAUCCUGAAUGGACAGAAAUCCACAGGGAAUUCCAGAUCUCCAAAAAAGGGCCUGAAGUCUCCUAAAACAAAAAUGAAGCAGAUGACUUUGUUGGAUAUGGCCAAAGGCACUCAGAAGAUGACACGAGCCCCCCGGAAUUCUGGGGGUACACCCAGGUCCUCUAGUAAACCUCAUAAGCAUCUGCCUCCCGCUGCCCUACACCUUAUUGCCUACUACAAAGAAAACAAAGACAAGGAGGACAAGAAGAGUGCCCUGUCUUGCGUUAUCUCUAAAACAGCUCGUCUUCUUUCUAAUGAAGAUAGAGCUCGUCUCCCAGAAGAAUUGCGGAAUAUCGUUCAAAAACGCUUUGAGCUUCUAGAGCACAAAAAAAGGUGGGCCUCUAUGUCUGAAGAGCAACGCAAAGACUAUUUGAAAAAGAAACGAGAGGAGUUGAGAGAAAAGUUGAAGGAGAAAGCCAAAGAGCGGAGAGAGAAAGAAAUGCUUGAGAAACUAGAAAAACAGAAGCGAUACGAGGACCAAGAAUUAACUGGCAAGCACCUUCCAGCAUUUAGAUUGGUGGAUACCCCUGAAGGGCUGCCCAACACACUCUUUGGGGAUGUAGCCCUGGUGGUGGAGUUUUUGAGCUGUUAUUCUGGACUACUCUUACCAGAUGCUCAGUAUCCUAUUACUGCUGUGUCUCUUAUGGAAGCCUUGAGUGCAGAAAAAGGUGGUUUUUUAUACCUGAACAGAGUCUUGGUCAUCCUUUUACAGACCUUAUUACAAGAUGAAAUCGCAGAAGACUAUGGUGAAUUGGGAAUGAAGCUGUCAGAAAUCCCCCUGACUCUGCAUUCUGUUUCAGAGCUGGUGCGGCUCUGCUUGCGCAGAUCUGAUGUUCAGGAAGAAAGUGAGGGCUCAGACACAGAUGACAAUAAAGAUUCAGCACCAUUUGAGGACAAUGAAGUACAAGAUGAGUUCUUAGAGAAGCUGGAAACUUCUGAAUUUUUUGAGCUAACAUCAGAAGAGAAGCUACAGAUCUUGACAGCACUCUGCCACCGGAUUCUCAUGACAUAUUCAGUGCAAGACCAUAUGGAAUCAAGACAGCAGAUGUCUGCAGAGUUGUGGAAGGAACGGCUUGCUGUAUUAAAGGAAGAAAAUGAUAAGAAGAGAGCAGAGAAACAGAAACGGAAAGAAAUGGAAGCUAGAAAUAAAGAAAAUGGAAAAGAGGAGAAUGGGUUAGGCAAAACCGAUAGGAAAAAAGUUGUGAAGUUUGAACCCCAGGUAGAUACGGAAGCUGUUGACAUGAUUAGUACUGUGAAGAGCAGACGGCUGCUUGCCAUUCAGGCCAAGAAGGAACGGGAAAUCCAGGAGAGAGAAAUGAAAGUGAAACUAGAACGGGAAGCUGAGGAAGAACGAAUACGAAAACACAAAGCAGCUGCUGAGAAGGCAUUCCAGGAGGGAAUUGCCAAGGCAAAACUAGUCAUGCGUAGGACUCCUAUUGGUACAGAUCGGAACCAUAAUAGAUACUGGCUCUUCUCAGAUGAAGUUCCAGGAUUGUUCAUUGAAAAAGGCUGGGUACAUGACAGCAUUGACUACCGAUUCAGACAUCACCGCAAAGACCAUGCUGACUCACCUGAUGAGGAUUACUGUCCCCGUAAUAAGAAAGCAAAUCUAGGCAAAAAUGCAAGCGUGAACACACAACAUGGACCAGCAACAGAAAUUGCUGUAGAGACCACCAUACCCAAACAAGGACAGAAUCUAUGGUUCUUAUGUGAUAGUCAGAAGGAACUGGAUGAGUUGUUAAAUUGCCUUCACCCUCAGGGAAUACGAGAAAGUCAGCUUAAAGAAAGACUAGAGAAGAGGUACCAGGACAUUGUUCAUUCUAUUCACCUAGCCCGGAAGCCAAAUUUGGGCCUAAAAUCCUGUGAUGGCAACCAGGAGCUCUUAAACUUUCUUCGUAGUGAUCUCAUUGAAGUUGCAACAAGGUUACAAAAGGGAGGUCUUGGUUAUGUGGAAGAAACAUCGGAAUUUGAAGCACGAGUGGUCUCUUUGGAGAAACUGAAGGAUUUUGGUGAAUGUGUAAUUGCCCUUCAAGCCAGUGUCAUAAAGAAAUUUCUCCAAGGCUUCAUGGCUCCCAAGCAAAAGAGAAAAAAACUCCAAAGUGAAGAUUCAUCAAAAACUGAAGAGGUGGAUGAAGAGAAAAAAAUGGCAGAGGAAGCAAAGGUUGCAUCUGCUCUGGAAAAAUGGAAGACAGCCAUCCGUGAAGCUCAGACCUUUUCCAGAAUGCAUGUUCUACUUGGGAUGCUUGAUGCCUGUAUCAAGUGGGAUAUGUCAGCAGAAAAUGCCAGGUGCAAAGUUUGUCGAAAGAAAGGUGAGGAUGACAAACUGAUCUUGUGUGAUGAGUGUAAUAAAGCCUUCCACCUGUUUUGUCUGAGGCCGGCCCUCUAUGAAGUACCAGAUGGUGAGUGGCAAUGCCCAGCUUGCCAGCCUGCUACUGCCAGGCGCAACUCCCGUGGCAGGAAUUACACAGAGGAGUCUGCCUCUGAGAACAGCCAAGAUGAUGAGAGCAGUGAAGAGGAGGAAGAGGAGGAAGAGGAAGAAGAAGAUUAUGAGGUGGCUGGUUUGCGAUUGAGACCUCGAAAGACUGUCCGGGGCAAGCAGGGUGUCAUCCCCCCUGUGGCAAGGCCAGGCCGACGACCAGCUAAGAAGCCACAUCCUAUCGCCAGGAGGUCUCAGCCAAAGGCACCACCUGUAGAUGACACUGAGGUUGAUGAGCUGGUGCUUCAGACCAAACGGAGCUCCCGGAGGCAAAGCCUGGAAUUGCAGAAGUGUGAAGAGAUCCUCAGCAAGAUUGUGAAGUACCGUUCCAGCUGGCCCUUCAGGGAGCCGGUGACCAGAGAGGAGGCCGAGGACUACUAUGAUGUGAUCGCCCACCCCAUGGAUUUCCAGACAAUGCAGAACAAGUGUUCCUGUGGGAGCUACCGCUCUGUGCAAGAGUUUCUCACUGACAUGAAGCAGGUGUUUACCAACGCUGAGCUUUACAACUGCCGAGGCAGCCAUGUGCUGAACUGCAUGGUGAAGACAGAACAGUGUCUGGUGGCUUUGUUGCAUAAACACCUUCCUGGCCACCCAUACGUCCGUAGGAAACGCAAGAAGUUUCCUGACCAGUUUACUGAAGAUGAAGGGGACAGUGAGCCAGAGACCAUUGGACAGUCUAGGGACGAAGACAGAAGAAAUAGAGAGGUGGGGCCCUGGUAAGGGAGAGGGAGCUGAGGUUUGGGAAAUGGAGGUGAGAGCAAGGGAAGGAGGAGUGGGAUGGAGAAGAACAUGGAAGGGAGGACCUCACAGGGAGUCCUGAAAUGCCUGUUGUCCCAAGCUUGUGCUAUUUUUCUAAAACUCUCCAUAGAGCCUUAAUCAAGCAGAGCUAUUUGGAGAGCAUAAUAUUGGGUUGGUCUCUGCCUAGAAAUAUGUGGUAGACCUUAACCUACCCUUUCGAGAAUUUCCAUGAAGAGCCCAAGGGUAUGAACCCACUUCCUUUUCCUUCCUAUCCAAGAUCCCUUCCACUUCGGCCACCACAAUAGUGCCAAGCCCUUUGGUCUCCAGGGGCGGGAUUACUGUAUUACACAGAAGGAUCAAGUAUAACCAGGCCAGUUAGGUGGUGUUGCUUUUUAAAAGUCUAUAUUUAUAUACAGCCUUGUUUCUUUAAGCCCAUACUCUGUCUCUCCCCCCACUCCCUCUCAGGUGACGGUAUUAGUGAGUGCCAUACAGAAUUCUGUAUUCACCAGCAUCAUGAAACAGUUAUGCUCUUUUCAGUUGAUCUUGGCAGAGUAAAGGGACAUGUCGUAGAGCCAUUCCUGAAUACCCUUCCCCUUCUUUGUGACAGUUCUCUCCCCACUUCCACCCCACCACACCCUCCAGAAAACAAACAAACUAAGGCACUUCACGUAGAGACUGGAGUCCUGCUUAUAAUCAUGCAUAUAAUCUUUAGUUUGAUGGAUCUGGCCAGAGGGGUGUUGGAGCCCAGCCCACCCAAAUACCAGACAAACUCUUAGGGGAGCAGAAGAAACGCAGGAAGGAUUGAAAUGUUUAAUUUUUUUAAAUUGACUUUUCUAGUUAUUAAAAAUUGCUUGUUUUAGCAGUGAUAUUGUAUAAAAACAUCUUGUAAAAUAUUUCUGUCAUCUUGCUUUGGCACAUGUACAGUACAAUUUAUAUGAUAAUGUGUUUGCUUUCCUUUGCCCCAUCUCCUCCCUCAGCCCAUCCUCUCUCCUUCAGAGAAGUGGGUUGGAGGCUUAUCACAGCAAUCAGUGUGACCUGGGGGGAGAGGGCACCCCCCCCCCCCCCCCCCCCAUUCUUGACAGAGUAUUCCAAACCAUUCCCAUGUUCACCCCCCUCCUCCCAUGCCUGUACUCCCUGAGAACCUGAAUCUGUCAGUGGUCAGUGUCGGUGGGAGUAGAGAUGGGAGGAGAAGCUAGGCAGCCCCUUCCCACAAUGACUCUAGCACUAGUGGUUAUAUUUAGGCAAAAGUUUGUAGUCUUCUUUCCCUUUUAUGGAAGAUUUUGAUAAAAAAUGCAAAACAGGGUUUAAUUUUUUUUUUUCUAUCAGCUUUGAAUUGGAAAUUUGGAUCACCUAGGUUCUCCUGUAUCUAUUUAAAUGAAGGGAAAAGAAUUCCACCAAGGGGGUUGCAACUUAGAGAAUUUGGGAAUAAAGCCUCUUAGUAUUAAACUUCAAGGUGUGGUCCCUGCCUCUCCUCUGUCCUCUUCAUUCAAGGACUUUGGGGAUUUGCUCCGGUGGCUGGUGGAUAGGUUUACUGUCCUCUUUCCACAGGCUUGGAGUUAGCACUGACAUUACAAUUUCAUAAUCCCAGCCACCAACACCUCCUGCCUCUUACCCUAGAGCCAGUCUGUUCUUGUUAACAGUAAGAAUCCUGUGUUCCCACUUCAGUGAUACCUGAAUUUGUUGUUUUUUAAUUGUCUUUAAGGAGGAAGGGCCCCAUUGAGGGGUAAACUUGUAAUAAAUUGGAAUUUCAAAUAAACAUUAUGUACUUGUGUUUAUAAAGAAAAAA